UCCCGUCUUAUUUAUACAUUGAUCAUGUUUAAAUCGGAUGGAUCAGUGUGAAUAUGUCGUUCGUGUUUGUCAAGGGUUAAAGCGAAACCUUUUUUUUUCGUGGCGCACGGAUUUCGCACAACAUUUACCAGCCCGAUAAAUCUCAAGUGAUCAUUACGACAUUUGAUCUAUUAUUAUUUAGAGUGUGUUUGAAGAGAGAGAGAUAGGCCAUUAAAGAUGGGCUGUUUGGGCAACAGCAAGACAGAAGACCAGCGCAUCGACGAGAAGGCGCAACGAGAGGCGAAUAAAAAGAUCGAGAAACAGUUACAGAAAGAGAGACAGGCGUAUAAAGCCACACAUCGCUUGCUCUUAUUAGGCGCUGGAGAAUCCGGGAAGAGCACUAUAGUCAAACAGAUGCGAAUUCUGCACGUCAACGGCUUUAACGCAGAAGAAAAGAAGCAGAAAAUCUUGGAUAUCCGGAAAAAUGUGAAGGACGCCAUUGUGACAAUAGUAUCUGCUAUGAGCACUUUAACACCGCCUGUGUCACUCGCCAAACCAGACAACCUGCCCAGAGCAGAGUACAUCAAGAGUAUAGCUCCACUCUCAGACUUUGACUAUACAGAGGAGUUUUUUGAGCAUUCAAAGCUUCUCUGGGAUGAUGAGGGUGUGAAGGCUUGUUUCGAGCGCUCAAACGAGUAUCAGCUUAUCGACUGCGCACAAUAUUUCCUGGACAGAAUUGAGUCUGUACGACAGAAUGACUACACACCAACAGACCAGGAUUUGCUGAGGUGUCGUGUGUUGACUUCAGGGAUUUUUGAAACUCAAUUUCAAGUAGACAAAGUCAACUUUCAUAUGUUUGAUGUGGGUGGUCAGAGAGAUGAGAGGAGGAAAUGGAUUCAGUGCUUUAAUGAUGUGACGGCCAUCAUCUUCGUGGCAGCCAGUAGCAGUUAUAACAUGGUCAUCAGAGAAGACAACAGCACUAACCGCCUGCGCGAGUCUCUCGAUCUGUUCCGCAGCAUCUGGACGAACAGGUUUUUAAGGACCAUCUCGGUCAUUCUGUUCCUCAACAAACAGGACAUGCUGGCUGAGAAGAUCCUGGCAGGAAAAUCAAAACUAGAGGAUUAUUUCCCAGAGUAUGCUCGCUAUACACUGCCUCCUGAAGCGACCCCUGACCUAGGAGAAGACCCCAAAGUGUCCAGAGCUAAGUUUUUCAUCCGAGAUGAAUUCUUGAAAAUAAGCACGGCGAGUGGCACAGACAAACACUACUGCUAUCCUCACUUUACCUGUGCCGUGGACACAGAAAACAUUCGCCGUGUGUUCAAUGACUGUCGUGACAUUAUUCAGAGGAUGCACCUGCGGCAGUAUGAGCUCUUGUGAUUGGCUGCCCGAAUUGCUUGCUCCCCCAAUCAACACUUUACAGUCCCACAUCACAUGGGCUCUUUGAGAACUACUGACGAGUGACACUGUUGUCAUUGUCCCUCCUUUUCUGCUUCUCACUUGUUUUUCUAUUUUUAUUUAUAAUAUGCAGUAUAUACAGUACAUAUAUAUAUAUAUAUAUAUAUAUAUAUAUAUAUAUAUAUAUAUUCUGAAGUGAGAGGGGGUUGUAUGAUAGGUGUGUGCGUGCAUGCGUUUGUGUGUGUUAAACAUUUUUUUAAACUCAAGUUUUUACAUUCGUAUCACUCACAGGUCAUUUUCUUUGUUUUUUUUUGCAUCGGCUGGCUUUACCUGUGCCGUGAACACUGUGGGGGCAGUGGUAGCUCAGUGGUUGAGGCUCAGGGUUACUGACCAGAAGGACGGUGGUUCAAGCCCCAGCACCACCAAGAUGCUGCUGUUGGGCCCUUGAGCAAGGCCCUUAACCCUAUCUGCUCCAGGGGCGCUGUAUCAUGGCUGACCCUGCACUCUGACCCCAGCUUAGCUGGGAUAUGUGAAAACUAAUAAAUUUCACUGUAUAUAUGCAAAAAACUGUGUGUAUAAUGUGUGACCACAAUAACAAUAAAGGAUUCUUUAGUCGAGGU